AUGAAGAAUGACACCACUAGGGUGACACAGUUUGUUCUCCUGGGCUUCCCAAUUGGACACAAGGAGGAGAUCUUGCUCUCUGCCAUGCUGCUGGCCAUGUACAUCCUGACCUUGACUGGGAAUUUGGUCAUCUUGGGCAUUGUCCCCACCACCAGACAGCUCCACACCCCAAUGUACUACUUCCUUUGCAACCUUUCUGUGCUGGACAUCUUCUUCACCUCUGUCAUCAUUCCACAGUUCAUCAGCAACCUCCUCUUGGGGGAUAAAACUAUCUCCUUUGCUGGCUGUAUGACUCAAUUAUACUUCUACUUCUUCCUGGGCACAGUAGAGUACUUUCUCUUGACCUCCAUGUCCUAUGACCGAUACGUUGCCAUAUGCACCCCCCUGCGCUAUCACACAGUCAUGAAUGGCUGGGUCUGCACCCAGAUGGUGCUGGGCUGUUGGAUGGGGGGCUUCCUGUCUGUCCUCUUUCCAAUCAUUUUAAUCUCCAGGUUGCCCUAUUGCCAGUCCAAUGUCAUCGACCAUUUCUUUUGUGAUUCUGGACCCCUGCUGGAGCUGUCCUGCUCUGACACUCGCAUGAUUGAACUGAUGGAUUUCCUGCUGUCAUCUGUUGUCAUCCUCUGCUCAUUAGUCCUAACAAUCAUCUCCUAUGCCUACAUCAUCUCCACCAUCCUGCGCAUCCCUACUUCCAUGGGGCGAAGAAAGGCCUUCAACACUUGUUCCUCUCACCUGACCAUCAUUUCAAUAUCCUGUGGCAUUACCAUCUUUAUCUAUGUCACCCCUUCCCAGAAAGGGACCCUGGGCUUACAGAAGAUCCCUGCUGUGCUGACAACCAUUGUCUGCCCAUUUCUUAAUCCUUUCAUCUUUACUUUAAGGAAUGACACAGUCAAAGGGGCCUUGAAGCAGUGUUUUGUCCAACUGAAGGAUGUGGUUUUUCACAGGGUGUUGCAAUGCCAGCGAGGAAGUGCUGCAUUCAGGAAGGCUUUUCGUGGGAAGCUCUAG